CUGCGCGCCAUGUCUGGGGUGCAGCGCAUGAAAGCGGCCAACGAGCGGCGCAGCAAGGGCAUCACGCGGGGGGGGGGGCUCCAUCGGGCCCCGACACCCCAGGAGGAAAAAGCCCCUGUCGGGCCUUGGCUCUUGGCUCUUUUCGUCUUUGUGGUCUGCGGAUCAGCCAUCUUCCAGCUUAUUCAGAGCAUCCGACUUAGAGGCUGAUGGGGGAAAGGAA